UCUUCUUUUCUCGACAUAUAUAUGAAGACAACUCAGUUCUCACGUUGUAUGCCCAGAAAGACACAAACGAACUCCUUCAAGCUGUUUGGUCUAUCUUCUUCUCCGUGAAUCCCUUACAAAGUAAAAGUAUGAGUUCCGAGGGUGUCGGGGAAGAUUGCCUUGCUUGGGCAGCAAGAGAUGCAUCUGGAGUUUUGUCGCCUUACAAAUUCAAUCGCAGGGCUCUUGGGAGUGAAGAUGUUCAUAUUAAAAUUACACACUGUGGUGUUUGUUAUGCUGAUGUUAUUUGGACAAGGAAUAAACAUGGAGAUUCAAUGUAUCCUGUUGUGCCGGGACAUGAGAUUGCUGGGGUUGUUGCAAAGGUCGGUCCUAAUGUCCAACGUUUCAAGGUUGGUGACCAUGUUGGAGUGGGGACUCACGUCAACUCGUGCAGGGAGUGCGAGUAUUGUAACGAUAGAUUUGAAGUUCACUGUGUCAAGAGAUCGGUUUUGACAUUUAAUGGUGUUGAUUAUGAUGGUACUGUUACAAAAGGAGGAUACGCCACUUCCAUCGUAGUACAUGAAAGGUAUUGCUUCCAAAUACCUAAAAGCUACCCUUUAGCUUCGGCAGGUCCUUUGCUUUGUGCCGGCAUCACAGUUUAUUCUCCCAUGAUGCGCCAUAAGAUGAAUCAACCUGGUAAGUCUCUUGGAGUGAUUGGUCUUGGUGGCCUCGGUCAUAUGGCAGUGAAAUUCGGGAAGGCGUUUGGUUUGCGUGUGACAGUUUUCAGCACUAGUGUGUCCAAGAAAGAGGAGGCGCUGAACCGACUUGGUGCUGACAAUUUCGUUGUUUCAUCUAAUCAAGAAGAGAUGAAGGCAUUUGCUAAAUCAUUGGAUUUUAUCGUUGACACGGCAUCGGGUGAUCAUCCGUUUGAUCCUUACAUGUCACUCUUGAAGGUACAUGGUAUUCUGGUCUUAGUUGGGUUCCCAAGUGAGGUCAAAUUCAGCCCUGCAAGCCUUAAUAUAGGAUCAAAAACUGUUGCCGGAAGUGUUGCAGGUGGUACUAAAGAAACACAGGAGAUGAUUGACUUCUGUGCUGCAAACGGGGUUCACCCAGAUAUAGAACUGAUUCCAAUCGGGUACUCGAACGAAGCUCUUGAAAGGGUCAUAAAUAAGGACGUGCAAUAUCGGUUUGUAAUAGACAUUGAGAACUCUCUUAAGUUGAAUUAGAGAGUCUGAAACUAAACAGAGAAGAAACGGUCGUUUUUUUGUUAAAAAAAUUAUGAGUUCGGUUCAGAUCCGAAAUUGGUUGCGGUUGCAUUUCGCUUUGAAUAAACGCAAGUUUCUUUGAGUGAAAUAGAGUAGCGAUCGUCAAAACUCUCAUAGGUGAUGAAUCUGGUGGUUUUGGUGGAACAGUGAAGGGUGCAUCUUCUCGAAAAUCUUCAGU